AUGUCAAUUACGAACAAACCCUUCAUGACCAUUGAAUUUAAGGUGAAAGCAGAAAAAAGAGAAAAUUACGAUAUUUUUACCUCUACGACUUGCUUCAUAAUAGACAUUUUGGGGAUGGGAAAUGCUAUUGCUGCAAGGUGCGGCAACAACAGAACUCUAAUGUUUGGCAUAGUCGAGUUGUGGAGGCAAAAGCAGAAAAAUAAUAAAAAAAAACUUCUUCAUUACAUGAUAGAACACGCCAAAGCCAAAGCGCAAAGCUAG